AUGAGUCAAUAUAUUCCACAACCUCUACCUCCCAGUAUCGUUGCUCAGAUCACCACCAACAAUCUACCUCUUCAACCAUUCGCAAUCUCCUCGUCAUCUGCCAUAUUACAGCUAGUAAAGAACCAUCCACGACGAGCCUCGGCACUAGCCAUAGCUCUCACCGCGGUCUCUACUCUUGCAUACACCACCUCCAUCUCGAACUCACCAUCAUCAACAACCAAGAAGAUUGAACUACUCGUCAAAGACAGUGAGGAAGAGAAGGGACCACUACGAAUAGACAAGAGAAUCGUCAAAGUAUCCGUAGAUAAGAAAUUCUGGAAACAGCUAUACUACAUAUGGAAGAUAUGUGUCCCCACAUUGAACCACAAGACUGUUGGGAUACUCUCCUUGCACACGAUAUUUCUCGUGCUGAGGACUUAUCUGAGUGUCCUUGUCGCGAGACUGGAUGGAAAGCUUGUUCGAGAUCUGGUGGCAGGCGACAAGGUCGAGUUCCUGAAGGGAUUGGGGUAUUGGUUUGCUAUCGCCAUACCUGCAACAUACACAAAUAGCAUGAUUCGAUACUUGCAAUCAAAGUUUGCCAUGAAUUUGCGGACCUCAUUGACUAGACACGUUCACGACACGUAUAUGAGCAAGAUGACUUAUUAUAAAGCUGGAAACUUGGAUCAUCGAAUUGAUGGAGCUGAUCAGCUAAUAACAACAGACAUCAACCGCUUUUGUGUCGCCGCCGCCAAUCUAUACAGCAAUCUAGGCAAACCAACACUAGAUCUUGUAAUCUUCAACUACCAACUUGCCAAAAGUAUCGGAACAUAUGGCUUCUUGGGCAUCCUAAUAAACUACUGGGCCACAUCUAGAUUCAUUCAGAACAUUACACCUCCAUUCGGUAAACUCGCUGCUGAAGAAGCUAAACUAGAAGGAGAUUUCCGAUCAGCUCAUUCACGACUGAUUACCAAUUCCGAGGAAAUCGCGUUUUACAAUGGAGGGCAUUUGGAACGAUCUAUAUUGAACAGAACGUAUUCGAGACUUAUGAGACAUGUCAAUCGAAUCUAUUAUAUCAGGAUUGGGUAUAAUAUGUUUGAAGACUUCAUCAUCAAAUAUUGCUGGUCUGCUUUUGGGCUGAUUAUGGCUGCUAUUCCUAUCUUUUAUCCUGAACUUGCAGGCUCACAUGAACGAGUAAUGGCUGCCAAAGAAAAGGAAGAAUCAGAACAAGGUGGUAUUAUUGAAAAGAGUCAAACAAUGGAUAAAGCUACGGGACGAAGAACUGAGGGUUUCAUCACAAACAAACGACUCAUGGUAUCAUUGGCUGAUGCUGGAGGUCGGCUUGUUUAUGCUGGAAAGGACUUGUCUGAGUUGGCUGGAUAUACCUAUCGAGUCUAUAACAUGUUGCGAGUCUUGCAUGAUUUGCGGGAUGACAAGUAUGUCCAAGUUGAAAACGCUUCCAGUGUUUACUCUAUUGAGGAUGUUGAAGGUGUUAUUGAGUAUCAUGAUGUUGAUGAAGGCAUUAAAUUGCACAAGGUACCUAUAGUAACGCCAUCAGGGGAUACAGUGCUCGUAAACGAAUUAACCCUUGAAAUCCACCCAACUGAUCACUUGAUGAUUACUGGUGCAAACGGAGCGGGCAAAUCAGCUAUAAUAAGAGUGAUUGCUGGGCUAUGGCCAUUGUUUAGAGGGAGAUUAGCGCGACCACAACGUGGAGUCAGCAACAUCUUUUUCGUACCACAACGACCUUAUUUGGUUCAGGGUACAAUGAGAGAUCAAGUUAUAUAUCCGCAUUCCCAUGCCCAAAUGCUGGCUGAUGGGAAGACCGAUCAAGAUUUGAUGGAGAUUCUGAAAAUGGUGUAUUUGGAGUAUGUUGUUACGAGGGAAGGGGGCUUCGAUGUUGUUAAGGAGUGGAAGGACGUCUUUUCAGGAGGCGAGAAGCAACGUAUGCAAAUCGCAAGACUAUUCUACCACGCACCUAGAUUCGCCGUAUUAGAUGAAGCUACUAGUGCAGUCUCAUCAGACGUAGAAGCACUCAUGUAUACAACCGCAAAAGACUUGGACAUUACCAUCGUAACCAUAUCCCAUCGCCCAGCACUCUUCAAAUACCAUCGAUAUCUGUUAAGAUUGGCUGAUGGUGCAUACACGCUGGAACGUAUUGGGACUGGAGAGUCGUUGAUUGGAACUGUGGGAUCUGAGAUCAAGAAGCUGGAAGAGCAAUUAAAGGGAUUGGACGAUGCGAAAUGGAGGUUGGAGGAAGUUAACGAGGAGUUGAAUUUGAGUAAGAGGGGUGGUGUUGGAAGUAAAGGGGGUGAUGGGUUGGAGAAUGCUAGACGUACUUUGAUUUGA